AAAACAGCUUACAAAGUUUCCAUUUCUCUCAAUUCUCAAACGAUCAUUACGAGAAAUUCCGACGAACAUCCCAACACCCAAGGAACAUCUUCUCAACUACCCAUUCCAUUUUGCGGUUCUCCUAUACAAUUGAGUUUAGAAUUCAAUCACUGGAAAGUGGAAACAAAUCAUUCAAUUAAAAUCAAUUGAAUUUGCCUCGUCUUACCGGAAAAAAACCAGAUAAUCACAAAUGGUUGCUCUACCAACAAUCGCUAGAUCAAUUAGUCAGCAAUGCCGUCGAAUUUCAAAACCCUCAAAUUUGCGUCAACAAUGGCAGUUUCAGAGCUUCCGAUGUCUCAUACUAGAUUCCAUCUCUGAAUCCGUCAAGCUCCAACGACUCUCCGAUUCUGAUUCCGGGAUUGUUGAGCUUACCUUAGAUAGGCCAGGAUCCAAAAAUGCCAUUGGGAAGGAUAUGCUAAUGGGCUUGGAGCGUAGUCUUGAAACUAUAAACAGAGACCUCUCUUCUAAAGUAAUGAUGAUUUGCAGUUCUGCUCCAAAGGUUUUUUGUGCUGGUGCAGAUUUAAAGGAACGGAGGGUAAUGUCACCUAGUGAGGUCCAGUCCUUUGUGAAUAAUCUACGAUCCACUUUUUCACUCUUAGAGGCACUAAAUAUUCCCACUAUUGCUGUAAUGGAAGGAGCAGCUCUAGGUGGAGGAUUGGAAAUGGCCUUGUCGUGCGAUCUCCGGAUAUGCGGUGAAGAUGCUGUAAUGGGCUUACCAGAGACUGGACUUGCUAUAAUUCCUGGAGCAGGUGGCACUCAACGGCUUACUAGAUUGAUUGGAAAAUCUAUAGCAAAGGAGCUUAUAUUUACUGGCCGUAAAAUUGGUGGAACAGAGGCGUUAUCUGUGGGUCUCGUGAACUACUGUGUGCCUCCUGGUUCAGCUUAUUCCAAGGCUCUUGAAAUUGCAAGGGAGAUAAAUCAGAAGGGUCCAGUGGCAGUGAGAAUGGCAAAACGAGCCAUCAAUGAUGGACUUGAUAUGGACAUGCAAUCAGCCUUAAGAUUGGAGGAAGAGUGCUAUCAACAAGUUCUAAAUACCAGAGAUCGAUUAGAAGGCUUAGCUGCAUUUGCUGAGAAACGAAAGCCAAGAUAUACAGGCGAAUGACUGUUGUUGGCUUCUUAUGAUUGUGAACUCUCAUCGAUCUGUUUGUUGUUCUGUAUUUCUGAUGCCUUCUGAAGAUGAAGCAGAAGCAGAUUGUUGUACAUGUUAGUUGUUCUUCCAAUGUUCACUACUGUAAAUUUCAUAGUUUGCAUGUCACUUCUUCUAUGUUGCUUGAAAGGCUACGUUCCAUUGUUGUAAUGUAAAAUGAUGAGCUAACAGAAAAGAAGCAGGUUUUGCCAUAUUGUCUUCCAUGUACGGAAGUAGGAAAGCAUAACGAUUUGAAAUGUAGCAUCAUAAUUCUCGUUAUACUCCAUAAUUUGUAUGGCAUCACGGAGGAGAAAGUCUAUGUCAAAAGUAGCUUGUGUUCAAAAUGGAUGUAAAUGACUCGUAUUGGUACCGAUU